UUUUGGAUUUCUUAUCGUUAAUGGUGUCGUGCAAUUCUCUACAACAUUUAUUAUACCAAAGGAAAAUGACAAACUCGAAGAAUUUCGUUUUUCAAAGCAUGAUUUAAAACGGUUUAGAAGAGAAAAAUGUGAAACACUGCAAUACUAUGAUGUUUCCUGUCAUGGGCUUUGUCCAUAUACUGAAAAGGAUUGGGAAAAGAAUAAAAUAUACAUGAAUUGUACAGACGGGCUGGCCUACCAUUGCGCGAGGGAUAAUUCAACAAACAAAUAUGUUGAGGCAUGUGCCGAAGCAGUUUGGUGCGAUCGUGGUAAAGAACCUAGACUCAUUUUCCCACCAGGGCACAAUAAGAAGGCUCGUGUGAUAUGUCGGUAUUGUCAUGACGAGGAUUUUUACAACCCAAUAGAAUUCAGGUUAUCUAGCACAUACUACGAAUGUACCGAAUACAAAAUCCCAUGUAGUAGAUACGGUAUUGGUAAGAUACGGUGUGACGAGGAUGGAAUCGAGCGACAUUGGAAGGAUAAUAAAUGCAGAUGUAAUGAACGGAACAUGUACAUUGAAUCUAAUGCUGCUUGCCCAACUGACUUUUCGUGUAAGAACAAGACAAACUUUGAUUUUACAUGUGAACUGUAUGACUGUGGAAAGACGUCUGAUGGAUACUGGAGGAAUUUGACGAAAGAUUAUUGUUGUGCAUGUGAGGAUGGCUAUAUAAGAAAUGAAACGUCAAACAAAUGCCAUAAAUCUUCACAUGAUGUUAGCUUGCAAACCACGAACAUAUCACAUCAUCAUAUCAAUAUAACAGCGACGACAACAAUCUUGAUGUCAUCUGAAGUUAAAAUUAAUAUAACAGCAUUUACAAAAUUAACAACACACCGGAAUAUUAUUAUAUCUUACAUCCAACCUACAGCAACAGCAAGACCUUCACUAUCAGGUGGAAAGGAUAUCAUUUAUAAAAUAACUAUUGUUGUCCUGGUCAUACUCAUCUGUAUUGUUGGUAUUAUCUGCUACAUACGUAAAAAGAGAGGUCAAGAUGAACCAAUUGAUAGCCCGCAGAUUGAAAAACUGUUGGGAGAUCCAAGUUCGCCCAAUAACCAGACUGAAGCAAGUUCUGCUCAACCACCAACAAGUCAAAGUGAGGAUCCAAGUUCGGCCAAUAUCCAGAAUGAACCAAGUUCCGCUCAACAAGAUACCAAAAAGACAAGUUUUGCCAACAAUCGGAAUGCAGGUGGUUCCGCUCAGCUACCAAGUGAGUCAUCUGCCUCAGUUCAAGGCAAACUGCCGGAUGAACUACCAAAAACAUCUGAUCUACUUACAACUCAAGGUGAAGAUUCUACUACGGGGACCACACAAAAUAUAACUAGUACAGACAUUAUUAAGCUUAUAACAGAAAUUGAAGACAUCGAAGAGCAGCAAAAGCAAGCUAUAUAUAAAAGAUUGGAGGAUAAGCGGACUAAAGAAAUUGCGGACCUGAAGAAGUUACGACAACAAGAAGGGUCAAGUGUGGUCAAAAUUCGAAAUGCAGCAAGUAUCAACCAACAACGAAGUGAUUCAGUUUGUUCUCAAGAGUCGAGUUCGGCAAAUAAUCAGAUUGCACCUGGUCCCGCUAAACUAUCAAAAACAACGGCUCUACUUAACACUGAAAGUGAAGGGUCAAGUGCGGACUAUAUUCAAAAUGCAGCAAGUAUCGUCCAACUACGUAGUGAUACAGUUUGUUCUCAAGCCAAUAAUCAGAAUGAAGCUGGUUCUGCUCAACUACCAAGUUCAACGCAACCUUUCAUCGAUCAAAAUGAAGACUCAAGUUUUCCAAAUACUCAGAAUGAAGCUGUUUCCGCUCCACUACCUCCACCUAUAACUGAAAAUGGCGAGUCAAGUUUGGCCGCCAAUAAUCAUAAUGAAGAUUGUUCCGCUCAACCACCAAGACCAAGAAUUUCAGGUGUAACUGAAAGUGAAGGAAGUGAGACCGAACAUGCAAUACCACCAACAGUAUCAGUUUCGAAGCGUAACAACAUAAGAUGAAAGAGAUACUUUUUUAAAUACGCAUGUAACCUGUUUAAAGGCUGAUGAUCAAUUGAAAAGCUUGUUACAUUCAAUCAUAUAGACUAGUGCAAUAUUUGAAAAAAAAAUUUAGAUUUUUUUCGUAAAUACAAUUUUUUUACAUGUUAAGUACUUUUUUAACUUGUUCUAGUAUUACUACUCAAAUACUGUAUAAUCAUUUGUAGGGUAUGUUGCAUGUUUUUUAAAUUUGUCUUUUGAGAUUUUUUUGUGAUAUGUAGGCGCCUGAUAACCUCUGAUCCUCUUUCAAAAUUCCAUUUUAUUUUAGUUCCGCCCACCAUUGAUUAUACGCCAUUUUUUGUGCAGGGGGGGGGGGGGAUGCCGCUUUUCAUGAAAUGGCGCCAAGGUGUCACAUUUAAAGUUUCAUGAUGACCGCCGUGAACAUCUACGAAUGUUUCUAAAUUCACAACUUUAACCAUAUCAUGUUAACAGUUGAAUUCUGCUUAAGCCAGUGCCAGACGGCGUGUAGAUCAACAUGCACUUUCCAGUCCAGUCCUUUAACAAAACAGGCUAAAUCAAACCAAGUCUGGGUCAUUAUUAGUUUCGUCGUGUUUUUUUUUUCGUUUCUUACAGAGUCAAUUUUUCUCUAUUUGUACUGGAUCUGAAUUUUGAAGUUACAUUGAAAUUACAUAAUAGGAAAUAAUAGAAUAUGGUAAACAAGAUCAACAUGGAAAGGCGGCGUUCAAUGAACGCAUCCCCAACAUAACCAAGCAACAAGAACCAGUGGCAUAGCCCAGGAGGACCUCAAACAAAAACAGGACAGGGCGAAAGGCAGAGUACGGACAGGCUAAUCAUUUAAAUGCUACUUAAAAAGAAUAAUAGUAACCGACAAGGAAUUAUAAGAAAACAAUAAUAAAAUGAUACUUCAAAAGAGAUAAAAGUACUAUUGGGUAGUUUAAACCGGUUAAUGGUGCACCGAACCUCACUCUUAGCCCCACCAUGCUGCUAUAAACGAGACAUUGUAAAUAACACGAAAACUCGUCAAGCGAAAUUCUAACAGUUGUUAUGAUUACAAAAGGUGAAAAUAAGUAAAACACAGAAAUGAUCAUGUAAAUACAUACAUAGGUACAUUACCAUAACAAAAUUACCCGAUGUCUUAACGGAAGACAGAGCAACAAGAAAAUCACCUACAAGGGUCCGACGAAGCAAGACAGACAACGAACAUUAAGACAUAUCAGUCCAAAAGGGCUUGAAGUACUGUCCAUCAUAGUCUCCUACUUGGUCUGUCAGAUGUUAUCAAAAAUGGAAAGCGUAGUGUCCAACUGUAAAAAGGUUGAACACUAAGUGUUACAGGUGCUUCAAUUACUAUAGAUAAUAUAAAUAAAAUCCUGAAACAGUAUUUUGUCUUGUAUUUGAUUUUUCCCUCAAAUAUAUCAUCCAGUCAUUAAAACAUCUUUGUAGCUUAACUAGACUAUGUAGCUGUAGGCCGAAGCAUAGUGUGUAGGAUGCCGUUUCAGGUAACAUUCUAUUUAUCUAUCUCUCUAACUGUGCACUUUACACCUUAUUCUAUUGUUAUGCUAAAUAUUUGACUGUAUUGACCAAUCGCAAUGUACAAUAUCGAUGAGACUACCAUGUUAUCAUUGAAUUGUAUAUCCGAUUGAGAAAUACAUUUGAAUAAUUGCAAAAUAUAUAUUGUUUUAUAUAUAUUUUCCAGGUAAUUU